AUGUCAAACCCCUCCAAAAAAGAUAACAAAGCCAUCCCCUCCUGCUUCACCGACACCCACGGCGUAAUAACAUCAACAAUGAACGACCUCCCCGGCUACAAAAUCACAAAAGUCCUCGGCACAAUCUACGGCAUCACAGUACGAGCCCGAAACUGGGGCGCAGAUAUUGGCGGUGCACUGCGUACAGCAGUGGGCGGCGAGAUCCGAAUCUUCACAAAUUUGAUGUAUACGUCUCGGGAGGAGGCGAUGGAGCGGUUGGUUGGGGAGUGUAUGAGUCGCGGGGGGAAUGCGAUUAUUGCGCUUAGGUUUGAUGUGGAGAAUUUUGGGAGUUGUUCGCAGAUUUGUGCGUAUGGGACUGCUUGUUUUGUUGAGAAGGUUGAGGAGAAGUGA